AUCAAGUGAUAAACACCAUAAAACGAUAUGUUACAGUUCAUUGUUUGUAACCAUAGGGACGGAGUAAACAGUGACCCGCCAUUGAAUGUUUGGCAGCGUACACAGGAAGCAGUUCGCGCGCGUAGUAAAGGAAGUAGUACAUCACCGACAUGCGUUUCCACAACACAGCCACUAGAAGCGUCGUUAUAAUCACACAGUCAGCUUUGACAUUUCCUGAAAGAAAAGCAACUACAUACGGUCCAGCAUAAAGAUACAAAUAUCAUGAGAGACCGUUAGUUUACGGUUUACCUUACUGACAUUAUAGCCGGGCUUUGCGCUUGAGAACAGAGAGGUCCUGUCAGAAUGUCACAGAUGGAGCUCCUCGUCGCAAAUGUAGCAGAGCUCCUCACUGCUGCAGUACAAGAAGUGCUGCAGCUCAUGGGUCAGGCUGUGUUAGAGCACCAGAAAGAGUCUGCCAGAGCACGCCUGGAGAAUCAGACCCUCCAGCAGAAGCUCAAACAACUCCAGGAGACGAUGACUGGGGAUUCAAAUGAAGUCCUGAAAGUCUCUUUACCCAUUGAGAAGCCUCAUGUAGGGGAGGAUCAUGCACAUGAAGAUCUCAUUUAUCAUGGAGAUUCAGCUGUGAGCAAGCAGACGGAGCAGCCACAAUGUCUGAGUGACAAUCCUGUUCACAUGAAGCUGGUUUUAGAUGAGAUUACUUUAGACAACAGACAUCAUGGUCCGCAAGGGACCUGUGACUAUUCUUUGAAGAAGCAGAGACCCCUCUCCAGGGUAAAGAGUAGCCCUCCAAGAAGAAUCCCAAAUGCUGGCAACAGAGAGAGUCCAGCGACCAGCAACACUGAGACACCACUGGGCUCGAACAGAUUUAAAGAGGAAUCUAAACCAGAGCCUCUGGAAUGUUCUGUUACAGAAGAGACAGACGAUGUGACAACACAAGCUCCUGUAGUUCUCCUGCAGGAUGAUCCUCCAGCAAACGAACACAACCAGCUGCCUGUCUCGUCCUUUUCCAACAACCUUGUCCACUAUAACCAACUAGGCAAAUUACUAAAUUCUGCUUCCAAACACAUUCUUAGGUCACGGGUGGAGAAUAUGGUCCAAACGGGGGGCAUUCACAGCACUCCCAGCGUCAGUGAGAGCAGGGAGAUUCUGCACAGCUGCCACGUGUGCGGCAAGACCUUCGCAACGCCCUCCAGCCUCGGAGCGCACUUUGUGUGCCAUUCAAACGAGAGACCUUUCGGUUGCAAGUCCUGCAAGUUCAGGUUCAGUCGUUUAGCCGAUCUGAAAAAGCACGAGCGCAUUCAUACAGGAGAAAGGCCAUAUAACUGUUCGCUCUGCGGACGGAGAUUCAACCGAACAGAGAAUCUCAGAAGACACUUGAGGAAGGUUCAUUAUGGAGCAGUGCUGUGAGCUGUAAAGUCACAGCAUUUAUUUUAGCAUGUUGACUUUGGAUCAUUCAACAAAAUCAUUGCUUAGAUUUCAAAAUUACUAUAGUUACUCAGUCCAUUAUACCUGUUUUCCCCCACUUUAUUUUAAUAUAGUAUGCUGCCAACCGUUUCCAUCAAAUUGAAUUAAAAUAAAUAUUUAUCAGUGAUGUAGCUGAAAUAUGAAUGUGUAUUAUCAUACAUUUUUGUAAUGAGAAUACAUGAUAUGUGGUAAAAUUCUCAUUGAUCAAAGUGCAGCAUUCCACUGGAUUGUUGUUUUCAAUAUUGUUUGUAU